AUCAGGCAUAGGUUGCAUUUAGGCAUUUUAAAGUAGUGGAUAAGAAAAAAUGAGUAAACAGAGUCGUUUAUUGGAAGAAGAAAGACGUAAAGUGAAUUUUAGUGUUGAGGAACUGACUAAUAUUUAUGAUGGUGGGGUGGAACAGACUGAGAUGAAAAGAAAAGUGGAGGCUGCAAUUCACAAUGAUCCUGAAUGUCGGUGUAAAGAUGUUGGAAUGAUGACUAGAGAAGAGAGAUUCAAUGAUGGCAUGAGAAGGACGAUACAUUUGAACAAAGUUGUUUUUCCUCGGGAAGGAUGGAAUGCGUUCUCAAAAGAGCUUGAUUAUGUAUUGAGGAAUAUCGGUAAAGAAUUUUGCUUAGGCAUCCACACUGGUGUGUUCCUUCCUUGCAUUUUAAGUUUUGGAUCAGAUGAACAAAUAGCAAAGUGGUUGCCCCUUGGUGCUCAGCUUCAAAUUAUUGGAACAUACGCACAGACUGAACUUGGACAUGGUACCUUUCUACGUGGUUUGCAAACUGUAGCAACGUACGACAAAGCAAGUCAAGAAUUCGUCAUCAACUGUCCUGAAAUUUCUGCCAUGAAAUGGUGGCCUGGAGACAUGGGAAAGUCAGCGAACCAUGCUUUAGUGAUGGCACAGGUUGUGAUUGACGGCAAGAAGUAUGGAAUGCACCCAUUUAUUGUUCAAAUAAGGGACCUUACUACUCAUAUGCCUCUGCCAGGUAUUACUGUUGGUGAUAUAGGAAACAAAGUUGGUUUUGAAACAACAGAUAACGGAUUCUUGCAUUUUAACAAAGUUCGAAUUCCGAGAGAAAACUUACUUUGCAAAAACUCUGAGGUGAAGCCAGAUGGAACAUACGUGGCAAAAACUAAAGACAAGAUGGUUUAUGGUUCCAUGGUAAGGUUAAGAGCUAUUUUUCUAGAGGGAGAAGUGGUCAGUGCUCUUGGUAAAGCUUGCACCAUCGCUGUCAGAUAUUCUCUUGUAAGACAACAAGGGGAACUUGAACCUGGAAAACCUGAAGUAGCAGUGAUGGAAUAUAUGACACAGCAAAAGAAGUUGUUGCCUUAUGUGGCGAUGACAUAUGCCACUCACUUUGCUUGUUUGAAACUGAAAAAAAUGUACAAUAUUUUCGAACAGAAAGUGAAAGAAGGAGACCUUUCUGGAUUGCCAGAGCUUCAUGCUUUGUCAGCUGGUAUGAAGGCUUCAGUAGCUGAACAGUGCACUGAUGGAAUAGAAAUACUUCGGAAAUCAUGUGGUGGCCACGGCUAUUCCAAUGCAAGUGGGAUACCAAUAAUUUGGGCUCGUGCUGUUGCUGGUUGUACAUAUGAAGGUGAAAAUACUGUUAUGUAUCUACAGUGUGCCAGGUAUCUGGUAAAAUGCUACAACCAAGUUCAGACCAACAGAUUGCAUGGAACUGUUGCUUAUCUAAACAACAUGAACCAAUCAACAUGUAGAGUUAACAAAGCAAAUGAUUUCCAGCAACCUGCUGUACUUGUGGCUUGCUUUCAAUACAGGGCCAGAGAAGUCAUAAAAUCAGUUGCUAUGAAAAUUAAUCAUUUAACUAAAAAUGGUUAUCCAAAUCAUGAAGCUUGGAACAAAUGUUCUGUGGAGCUUGUCAAUGUAGUUAAGGCACACAUCACACAAUACAUUGUGGCUACUUUUGCAUCUGUGAUAGAUGAGCUAUCUUGUUCACCACCUGUUAAAACAGUCUUACUCCAAAUGUGUGCUUUGUAUGCACUUGAAAAUAUAACUUUAUACUCUGGGGAUUUUCUGAAGGUUGGUUACCUAUCACCAAAACAAUGUGAUCUUGCUCUGGAGGCUGAACUUGACUUGCUGUCUUGUUUAAGACCAAAUGCAGUUGGUUUGGUUGAUGCGUUUGAUUAUUCGGAUGAUUUACUUCAGUCUUGUAUUGGUGCUUAUGAUGGUAAUGUAUAUGAGAGACUGUUUGAAUGGGCAAAGAAGUCACCAUUAAAUAAAACUGAGGUACAUGAAGAGACUUACAAAUAUUUGAAACCAUAUCUUCAUGCUGGAAGAGAUAUAUUAGAAGGGAAAACAAAAUCAAAGCUGUAGUUUGUAAUAUUUACCGUACAGCUUUGGUGGAAUACUUAUAUUUGUUUUAACAACCCAUUCCUCUUAAUUUGAUAUUCUAUUUGUAAUUUUAUUGAAUGCACUUCUUCAUAUUCAUGAACUGUAUUUACAUAGUUUUGGUGUAAAUAAUUCUGCUGAAUACAAGCUUACUGUAAUGAUUUUCUUAGUUAUUUUUUUGGGUUGUGACUACGCCAUAUUUAACCUUUAAAUGGAAUAAAAAAAUGUAUAUUGAUAGGAACAGUAAAAUGUUUUUUGUCAAUUCACCACUAUAAAUUACUCCCCAAAGAACACCAAAAUAAAUCGCCAUUUUUUUGGGUUGUGACUACGCCAUAUUUAACCUUUAAAUGGAAUAAAAGGAUGUAUAUUGAUAGGAACAGUAAAAUGUUUUUUGUCAAUUCACCACUUUAAAUUACUCCCCAAAGAACACCAAAAUAAAUCGCCGGUUAUCGUAAA